CUAAAAGCCGGUUGUGUAGUAUAUGGCGUUGAUUUACGACUUACCUUUAUCGUGUUGUGUUGUAUAUUCCGAAGAACGAGUAAAACAGUAAAGGAGUGCUUUUUAAUCAUUGGAAUGGAGCUCACAGAAGACAAUUUAGUGACAUUGAGUGAAUACCUAAAGCACACCCUCAGCGCUGAUGUGAAUAUUAGACGUCCAGCCGAAAAAUUCUUGGAAUCGGUGGAGGUUAAUCGAAACUAUGCCUUAUUGCUACUCCAUUUAGUAGAUAAGUCCGAAAUUAAUAUAACCAUUAGGAUCGCUGGUGCUGUUGCGUUUAAGAAUUAUGUAAAGCGUAAUUGGAAAGUGGAAGAAGAUUCAAUUGAUCGCAUACAUACUCAAGAUAGAGACGCGAUUAAGCAACUUAUCAUUAAUUUGAUGUUGCAUUCUCCAGAUUCGAUACAAAAACAGUUAUCAGAUGCUGUAUCUAUUAUUGGAAAAUAUGACUUUCCUAAUAAGUGGCCUGAAUUGAUCGAUCAAAUGGUAGAAAAGUUUAAUACUGGUGAUUUUCAUGUAAUUAAUGGAGUUUUGCACACCGCACAUUCCUUAUUUAAGAGGUAUAGGUAUGAAUUUAAAAGCGAGAGUCUCUGGAGAGAAAUCAAAUUUGUAUUGAAUCAGUUUGCGAAGCCUUUGACAGAUUUGUUUUUAGCUACAAUGAAUUUAACACAAGUACAUGCUAAUAAUGCAGAAGCAUUAACAGUUAUAUAUAAUUCUUUAGUUAUUUUAUGCAAAGUAUUUUAUUCUCUUAAUUUCCAAGAUUUACCAGAAUUUUUUGAAGACAACAUGGAUUCAUGGAUGAGAAAUUUUCAUACUUUAUUAAAUGUUGACGUUCCUUCCUUGCGGACUACGGGUGAAGAAGAAGCAGGUGUAAUAGAGCAGUUAAAGUCGCAAGUAUGCGACAAUGUUGGCCUGUAUGCUCAAAAGUACGAUGAGGAAUUCCAGCCAUAUUUACCCGAAUUUGUUACAGCAGUUUGGAAUUUGCUUACAUCCACAGGACAACAACCCAAAUACGACUCUUUAGUUUCAAAUGCGUUGCAAUUCUUGGCUACAGUUGCCGAUCGGGCACAAUAUAGGCAUUUAUUCGAAGAUCCAACAACUCUCAGUAGUAUCUGUGAAAAAGUUAUUAUUCCCAACAUGGAAUUUAGAGAAUCGGAUAACGAGUUGUUUGAGGAUAAUCCUGAAGAAUAUAUUAGGCGAGAUAUCGAAGGCAGUGAUAUAGAUACCAGAAGGCGUGCCGCGUGUGACUUAGUUAAAGUAUUAUCUAAAUAUUUCGAAGUAAAAAUAAUGGAGAUUUUCGGAGCAUACAUACAGAUAAUGCUGCAAAAUUAUGCUGAGAAACCGUCAGAAAAUUGGCGCAAUAAAGAUGCUGCUAUUUACCUCAUUACAAGUAGUGCCAGUAAAGCACAGACACAGAAGCAUGGAGUUACUCAAAGUAGUGAGCUUGUUCCGUUACCGCAAUUUGCUGAACAACAUAUCGAACCAGAGCUAACAAAACCGAAUGUGAAUGAAUUUCCGGUGCUGAAAGCGGAUGGAAUAAAAUUUAUAAUGACGUUUAGGUCGAUAUUGCCACGUGAAGUAGUAAUAGGAAGUUUGCCACAGCUAAUAAGACAUCUAAGUGCCAACAGUAUCGUUGUGCAUAGUUACGCUGCUUGCGCGAUUGAAAAAAUACUGGCGAUGAAGGGUCCUGAUAAUUUGUCUCUGGUCAAAGGAGCUGAUCUAUCACCUCUCGUAGCAGACUUAUUGAAAGGACUUUUUGCAUGCUUGAACACGUCCGGUUCCGAGGAAAAUGAAUAUGUUAUGAAGGCUAUUAUGAGGAGUUUUGGUAUUUUGCAAGAAGUUGUGGUGCCAUUUUUGGCUAAUUUACUUCCAAAACUUACCGAGAAACUCGCCAUCGUAUCUAGAAAUCCAAGUCGGCCAAAUUUCAAUCAUUAUCUUUUUGAAACCCUAAGCUUGUCCAUCAAAAUUGUCUGCAAAACGAAUCCUGAGGCAGUAUCAUCUUUUGAACAAGCAUUGUUCCCUAUUUUUCAAGGAAUUUUACAACAGGAUAUACUGGAAUUUAUUCCUUAUGUUUUCCAAAUUCUUGCACUGCUUUUGGAGUUACGAACUACUCAAGAUAUAUCGGAACCGUAUAUGGCUCUGUUCCCGUGUCUGUUAUCACCAGUGUUAUUUGAACGCCAAGCCAAUAUUCAUCCCUUGAAUCGUUUAUUGCAAGCAUUCGUCAGUCAUGGUUCGCAUCAUAUUGUAGCUCAAGAUAAGACGAGUGGAUUAUUGGGAGUGUUCCAAAAAUUAAUAGCGUCGAAAGCGAAUGAUCAUGAAGGAUUUUUAUUAAUGCAGAGCAUCAUAGAAUAUUUCGCACCGAAUGCUUUGGAACCUUUUAUGAAGCAGAUUUUUGUACUUCUUUUUCAAAGACUUUCGUCUACGAAAACAACAAAGUUUAUAAAAGGUUUAAUAGUAUUUUUUGCUUACUACAUUAUUAGAUACGGAUCAUCGAGUUUAAUCACGAUUAUCGAUCAAAUACAACCACAAAUGUUCGGAAUGGUCGUAGAGCGUGUAUUCAUAACUGAUAUGCAGAAAAUAUCAGGUGUAAUAGAGCGCAAAGUAGUGGCUGUGGGAAUUUCAAAUUUGUUGAUCGAUUGCCCCGCGAUGCUCGAGGCUCCGUACAAUUCGUACUAUCCGCGUUUGUUAGCUGCGUUGGUGGAAUUUUUCGAGCUUCCUCAAGAUCAAAGCGUGUCACCAGAAGUUGAUGUGUUUCCGGAAAUUGAUGAUGCAGUUGGUUAUCAAGUGGGUUAUAGUCAACUCAUUUGCGCGAGAAAUCCUGCGAAGGAUCCUUUACAAAAUAUUGGUGAUAUACGUCUUCAUUUAGCGCAAGGUCUUGGAAGAUUAUCGCCAGGACAUUUGCCGGGGCUGUUAGGUCAGAUUCCUGAACCGAAUGCAAACCACUUAAGAAACUACCUACAAACGGCUGGUGUUACUGUUGCAUAAUACGAGCUAGAUAUCCGCGACAGAUUGAAAAUCCAUUUGAUAGCUCGUCAAAUGAACAAUAUUGAACUGAAUAAAUUAUAACUAAGGAGAAGAGCCCUGUUUUUCUACACAAUUGUACAAUUAUUAAAACACAUCAUUCAACUGACUACUUGUAGUUUAAAAUAUCAUAGAAAAUGUUUGUCAUUUUUAUAUCUUAACUUCGUUGAUAACCAUAUAUCAUUAUGGAAAAAACAAAGUACAUAAUGUAAUUAAUUGUAUUUACUGUUUCGAUAUAUGAGGAAGUUGUCGGGAAUAGUUUAAAAUUUAAAUUAUCCUCGAUUAUCUAUAUAAGAAUGAACGUUUAUUAAACACAUACUUCGUAUA